AUGCCGGACGAGCUGACGGAGCCCGGGCGCGCCACGCCGGCCCGCGCCUCCUCCUUCCUCAUCGAGAACCUGCUGGCGGCCGAGGCCAAGGGCGCCGGGCGCGGGGCCCAGGGCGGCGGCGGCCGCGAGGAGGAAGAGGACGACGACGACGAUCCGGAGGACGAGGACGCGGAGCGGGCGAGGCGGCGGCGGCUGCAGCGGCGGAGACAGCUGCGCUCGGGCCCCGGGCCGAGCGGGGAGGCGCGGGCCCGCGCGCUGCUUGGGCCGGGCGCGCUGGGCCUCGGUCCCCGGCCGCCCCCGGGUCCCGGGCCGCCGUACGCGCUGGGCUGCGGCGGCGCCGCGCGCUGGUACUCGCGGUCUCACGGAGGCUACGGAGGCGGCCUUAGCCCUGACACCAGCGACCGGGACUCACCGGAGACGGGCGAGGAGAUGGGCCGCGCAGAGGGCGCCUGGCCGAGGGGCUCCGGGCCGCGAGCGGUGCAGCGAGAGGCGGCGGAGCUGGCGGCUCGGGGACCGGCGGCCGGCGCGGAGGAGGCGGCGGAGCUGGCCGAGGCCCCUGUGGCGGCGGCGGCGGCCGCCGGGGAGGCCCGCGGUGGGGUCGGCGGCCGCAAGAAGAAGACGCGCACCGUCUUCUCGCGCAGCCAGGUCUUCCAACUCGAAUCCACCUUCGACCUGAAGCGCUACCUGAGCAGCGCCGAGCGCGCCGGCCUGGCCGCGUCCCUGCAGCUCACGGAGACGCAGGUCAAGAUCUGGUUCCAGAACCGACGCAACAAGUGGAAGCGGCAGCUGGCAGCCGAGCUGGAGGCGGCCAGCCUGUCCCCGCCGGGCACGCAGCGCCUGGUCCGCGUGCCUGUGCUCUACCACGAAAGCCCCCCGGCCACCGGGGCCGCCGCCUCCGCCGCGCUACCCUUCCCGCUGGCCCCCGCCGCGCCCGCGCCGCCGCCGCCGCUGCUCGGCUUUUCCGGGGCCCUCGCCUACCCGCUGGCCGCCUUCCCGGCUGCCGCCUCCGCGCCCUUCCUGCGGGCGCAGAUGCCCGGCCUGGUGUGA